CAGAGCGGCCCGGGCGGGCGGCCGUGGCCGGCGUGAGGCCCCUCCCCGGCGGAGGCGCUCGGGUGGAGGAAGCGGAGGCGGCGGCAGCGCCGAGACCUCGCUGCGCUGAUGGCGUCGCCCGGCGAAUCACUAUAAGACAGCUGGGAAGGAAAGAGGAGGCCCUGAUGGAUGUGCUGGGGAUUAUGCAGAAGGGAAUGGCCAGAAGCAAGGCAACAGAGGAAAAGACACAUUUGGGAUGAGCCACAGCCCACUCCGGCAGGGCCUGAGCUGGGUCCCAUGUUGGGCACCCCAAUGGGGCCUCAGGAGAAGCAGAGCCCUUGGGUUGGAUCCGGCCUCACAGAAGCAGCAGGAGCCACAGCAACGUGGAUAGAUGACGUGGCGACAGGAUUCGUUCAUUUGUUGAGGACUUCUCAAAAGGGCAAAGGCUAGAAGUGGAAUUACUGGUCAAAGGACGUUCAGAUUUGGGAGAAGUGGCCCCAGAAAUAAAAGCAUCCGAGAGACGAACAGCUGUGGCCAUUGGAGAUUUGGAAUGGAGAGACAUGGACGCAGAUGACUAUGGUACAAAUGAGGCUCAGGACAGUGACUUUCCAGCAGCGGAGAGGAGCAGGCUGCAGGAAAUGCUGUCGCUUUUGGGGCUGGAGACCUAUCAGGCCCAGAAGCUCAGCCUCCCGGACUCUCUGCAAAUCAGCAGUGAGAGCAUGAAGAACUGGGCGCCUCAGGCUCCCAAGGACUUGCCCUGGAAUUUCCUCAGGAAGCUGCAGGCCCUCAACGCUGAAGCCAGGAACACCACCAUGGUGCUGGACGUGCCCCCAGAUGCCAGGCCCGCGGAGAAGGAGAGCCAGAUGGAGGAGGAGAUUAUCUACUGGGAUGCAGCCGAUGACAUCGCCGCAGACAUCUAUUCCUUCUCUGAGUUGCCGACGCCCGACACCCCUGUGAACCCCUUGGACCUUCUCUGUGCCCUUCUGCUGUCCUCAGAUAGUUUCCUGCAGCAAGAGAUCGUGCAAAAAAUGUCUCUGUGCCAGUUUGCACUCCCCCUCGUUUUGCCCGACUCAGAGAACCACUACCACACGUUUCUGCUGUGGGCCUUGAGGGGUGUCAUGCGGACGUGGUGGGCACAGCCCCCACGGGGGGUGGGCAGCCUCAGAGAAGACAGCGCCGUCCUGUCGCGGGCACCCGCCUUCGCCUUCGUGCGCAUGGAGGUCAGCAGCAACUCCAAGUCCCAGCUGCUCAAUGCUGUGCUCAGCGCAGGCCACAGGCCACGGGACUGCUUCUGGCACCGCGACCUGAACGUGGGCACCAACCCUCGGGAGAUCGCAGACGGGCUGGUGGAAGUGUCCUGGUUCCUUCCCAGUGGCAGGGAGGACCUGGACGUCUUCCCUGAGCCCAUGGCCUUUCUGAACCUGCGGGGCGACAUCGGGUCUCACUGGCUGCAGUUUAAGCUCUUGACAGAAGUGUCCUCGGCCGUGUUCAUCUUGACCGACAACAUCAGCAAGAAGGAGUACAAGCUACUCUCCUCCAUGAAGGGCUCGGCCACGAAAUACUACUUCAUCCUGAGCCCGUACCGUGGGAAGCGGAACACGAACCUGCGAUUUCUCAACAGGCUCAUCCCGGUGCUGAAGAUGGACCACUCGCACGUCCUGGUGAAGGUGAGCAGCACGGACAGUGUGGGCUUCGUGCGCCGGGUCCGCUCCAUUGUGGCGCACGUGGCCCGGUCCCCCUGCCGCAGGCUGUCUGUGGAGGAAAUGGCCCAUGCAGCCCGCAGGCUGGGGCUUAGGGUGGAUGAGGACUGUGAGGAGUGUCAGCGGGCUAAGGACCGGAUGGAGCGCAUCACCAGGAAAAUCAAAGACUCUGAUGCCUACCGAAGGGAUGAGCUGAGGCUGCAGGGGGAGCCGUGGAGGAAGGCGGCCCAGGUGGAGAAGGAGCUGUGCCAGGCCCAGUGGGCCGGGGACCCCCCGGACAAGGGCAGGGCCGAGCUCAGACACCGGCUGCUGGAGCUCCGAGCACAGCAGAACGGCCACGAGCCCACCUGGGGAGUGCAGGAGUUCGUUGCUGGCAUCAGUGGCCCCUCCCUGGGGGAGAAGCAGUACUUCCUGAGGUGGAUGGAGUGGGGGCUGGCCCGGGUGGCCCCGCCAAGGCCAAGACAGCCUCCAGAGACCAUUGUGACCCUGAGAGCAAAACACUGUGGGGUCGUGGACCUGAGUGAGCUGCUGUGGCCCGAGCCCCUGGGGGUGGAGGACUUCCUGCGGGAGAUGGGACAGUUUUACGAGGCCGAGAGCUGCCUCGUGGAGGCAGGGAGGCUGCCGGCAGGCCAGCGGCGCUUUGCCCACUUCCCAGGCUUGGCCUUGGAGCUGCUGCUGCUGGGGCUUCCCUUGGAGCUGAUCGAUGGGAGCACGCUGAGCACUCCCCUGCGCUGGGUCACCGGGCUCCUCAAGGAGCUGCACAUCCGCCUGGAGCGGAGGUCGCGACUGGUGGUCCUGUCGGUGCUGGGUGUGCCAGGCACGGGCAAAUCCACGCUUCUCAACACCAUGUUUGGGCUGCGCUUUGCCACAGGGCAGGGCUGCGGUCCCCGAGGGGCCUUCAUGCAGCUGGUCACGGUGGCUGAGAGCUUCAGCCCGGACCUGGGCUGUGACCACAUCUUGGUGAUAGACUCAGGGGGCCUGAUCGGCGGGGCACUGGCCACGGCCGGGGAGAGGUUUGAGCUGGAGGCCUCCCUGGCCACUCUGCUCAUGGGGCUGAGCAAUGUCACUGUGGUCAGCUUAGCCGAGACCAGGGACGUACCCCCGGCCAUUCUGCACGCGUUUCUGAGGCUGGAAAAAACGGGGCACAUGCCCAACUAUCAGUUUGUGUACCAGAAUCUUCAUGAUGUGUGUGCGCCUGGCCCCAGGCCACGAGACAGGAGGCAGCUCCCAGAUCUGCCCGGGGACGCGAGCAGAUCUGCGGCGCAAAUGGAGAAACAGGGCGGUGGCAUCCGGACGCUGGCUGACCUGGCCUUCUGUGACCCUGAGAAGCAGCACGUUUGGCACAUCCCGGGCCUGUGGCAUGGGAUACCUCCCAUGGCCGCUGUGAGUUUGGGGUACAGCGAGGCCAUUUUCGAGUUAAAGAGAUGCCUCCUGGAAAACAUAAGGAAUGGCCUGUCCAACCAAAACAAAAACAUCCAGCAGCUCAUUGAGCUGGUCAGACGGCUCUGAGUGACCAGACAGGUGGCUUGUUCCAGCAGCGGUGGCCUCAUGGGGCUGUGCCCAGUGCCUGAGGCUGGCACCCAGCCUGCGUGAGAGCAGAGAGGAGCAUAAGCCAGGAGGUCUGGGGUUUCCUACACAGGUGUUGAGAAAGGAGGUGACCUCGCAGACCAGGUCAGAGAUGCCCUCAGGAGCAUAGUGGCCCUGGGGUGCGGCGUGGGGAUUCCACGGUGAUCCCUUCUGUGUCAAGCUCCCUCUCAGUCGCCCCUGGAGCACAGCAGGACUCAGGAAGAGGGCUGGGACACCAUCCCAAGGAGGGAGGGCGACUCUGUCCUGCUGGUCCCACUGACCCAGGACGCCCCCUUGCUGCUCCGCUGAGAGUCCCUGCUCGCUCUGUCACCCACAGCUGUCUGUUUACACGCCUGCCAUGCUCAGCACAGCACCUCCCUUCUGCCCUGCUCCGGCAUUUGCCCUGCCCCCGACUGUGAGCUCCUUGAGGGCAGGGCUGUGUGUUACCCAACUCUGUCCCUCAGGGCCUGGCACGGGGCCUGGCACACUGUAGGCACUUAAUAAAUGUUUGUUAAAAGAA